AUGUCCUUCACGUUUGAAAGCGGGACACCAAUAAAUAAUGCCAAAAACAAUUUCACUGCAUUCAAUAACAAGGAAACCAAUCCACCAUUGGCUAAUGGAACUGCAUUCAAUGGCAUGUCAGCAUUUGGACACGGUGGUAAUCAACAGAAUACACCAAGCAAAUCAAAUUAUGGUUUGGAAAAGCUUCGACCCAAAAGAAAACCAAAUGAAACUUCAAACGAUCGCUCAGGUAAUAUGUAUAUUCAUUCUGGCUACGGGUCAAAAGACACAAUCCUGAUACUGAAUAAUGGUAAUGGAUCCUCAUUGCAGAGAAUUGACAACCAAUCAUCUCAAUCUCAAACUUAUUCGCAAGAAGAAGUCUCUUCAACUGGCCCACUAUUUUCAAACCCUCGGGCAUUUGGAUUCCAACAAUUGAAAAAGAGCAUAAAACCUCGACCGACCCCCAAAUACUUCUUAACACAGCCAAAGUAUCUCGACACUCCACCGUUUGUGCAAAAUGAAUGGGACAAGCAAAACCAAAUCAAGAUGGAACAGAUGGAGUCAGCAAACCAAGGUAAAGACUAUCAAGGGCUAUACGAAGACCUACAGAAACUCAGGGAAGUUGAAAGAAAAGAAAUGGAGACUUUAGGACUUGUUGAUGCUGAAAAUACAGCAAAGAAUUUGAAUGAAGCAAUAGCAUUUCAAGGGUCGUGUUUGGAUAUGUGCCCUGUAUUCGAGAGAGUACGAAGACAGUUAGAAAAUAAUGUCAACACAUUGGAAAGAGAUCCCCUGACUAAUAAAAUUACAAAGGCUAAAGCGGUCAAAGCGUUUUCAAGACCCGCAGCUGGUCAACCACCACCGUUGCCAUCAGAAGUAAGGCCACCUCAUGUUUUGAAAAUCACCUUGAAUUAUUUAGUGGACCAUGUGGUCAACAAAUUGCCCGAGUCGCAUUCAUUUUUGUGGGACAGGACGAGGUCGAUUAGACAAGACUUUACGUAUCAAAACAGUUUUGGUCCAGAAGCAGUUGACUGUAAUGAAAGGAUUGUUAGGAUCCACCUUUUGUCCCUCCAUAUAAUGGCUGGCAGUGACGUUGAAUUCUCGCAACAACAAGAACUAGAGCAAUUCAACAAGGCUCUACAAACAUUGAUGGAAAUAUAUCAGGACGUGCGUAAUAAUGGUGGCAGCUCACCCAAUGAAGCAGAAUUUCGCGCUUACCACUUGCUUAGUCAUAUUCGAGAUCCCGAAUUGGAGAGACAGAUACAAAAUUUACCCGACCAUAUUUACCAAGAUGGCAGGGUUCAAUUAGCAUUGAACUUGCGAAAAAUCAUAUCGCAGAAUAAUAUAGUUGAACGUGGUGUAAAGAACUUGAUUGGUGCAUUGGACUUAUAUGUCGAGUUUUUCCGGAUUGUAUAUAGCGAUGCAACGCCAUUGUUGAUGGCAUGCUUACUUGAAACACAUUUCAGUGAAAUUAGAUUCUAUGCAUUGAAGGCAAUGUCGAGGACUUUUCAUACACGUGGGAAACCAUAUCAAAUGGAUACCCUUAGAAACCUACUAGGGUUUGAUCUGAGUGAAAAGUUGAUAAAAUUUUUGAAAUACUAUGAAAUAGAUAUUGUCAUUGAGAAUGGAGAGACAUUGGUUGAUUUGUUUAAUAAGGAGAAACUUGAAAAGCAGUACAAGCUUAACUCAUUUUACGAUAAACCAAAGUACCCCCCAAUACAUUCAUCGCAAUUGAAUCGCAAACUCAAGGGAAAUGACUUAAAGAGUAUCAUAAAUAGUGGUACUCCCAAUGUCAGCUUCUACUUAAAGUCUAACAAUGACGUUAUUACUCCAACAAGGAAAUUAACAUCGAAUCCAGUUGCAACUAGCUUUCAGCCAAGCCCCACCACAUUUGCUGCUAUAACUCCUGUUGGUGAUUCAUUUAAGCCAUCUGAGCCAAAGUUUUCACCACCGCAAUCGCAGAGCAGAACAAUUUCACAUUCCAAAACGGCCAACUUUCUGCAAGCAAAGCCUACUGCAAUCACACUGGGCUCUAACAUAACCUCAACAGGUCCUGCAUUCCAAUUUGGGCCUUCCAGUAAUACAAACAAAGCAGCAAAAACGACAAAGCCUGAACCUACCAUUGCAAACAAUGAUAUUACUACAAAGCCGAAAAUAGAUUUUUCAUUCAGCAAACCAUUUGGAACACCACAACCGGCCCCACUUGUUCAAAAUGCGGACACAAAUAAAUUGAAAGCUGAAUCAAAACCGUUGUUCCUGGUGCAAGAUGCCAAGCCAUUGCCACAAAAGAUAUUUUCACAACCUUCUGCUCAUGCAAAGGAGAGCCAAGUCACCGUAAAGAGCCCCGAUAAGUUGAUCAAUCACCAUUUGUUCGAAAAGGCUCUAAAUGGGAUUAUACACGAUGUGGUCACCAAUUUGGUCGAUUCUGAAACGAAAUCAAUUUUGACUAAUAUCCUUCAUAGACACAAUGUCAAAGUCCAACGCCUCAAUAUCAUCAAGACUUUAGAGGACGAGUUGUUUUCUGCGUUUGUUGCCGAAGGCACUUAUCAGAGUACAUUAGAAGCUGCUGCUGAAUAUAUGAACAAUAUUAUUGUUCAGAAACAUGCCAUUCGUCAAUUGACAAGGAGGGCGGCGAAAGGUGUACUUUCAUACAGAUCCAGACAGGCAAAAAGACGCGAGCUUCAAUCUGUCUCCGUUGGAAGCUCUUUGAAACGAAAGUCGAGCAAUGAUCUAUUGAGUUCCACUUCAGCGAGCAAGAAACCUAGAUCUGACCCAUCUAUGACGGAUUUUGUUAACAAGCAAAAAGAAAUGAAACAAUUGUGGGAGCCUUUAGACUUGAAAAAUUUUGCAGACACAUGUGCAUCCAAGGUAUCUCUUGACAUAAAGGAAGAAAACGUAAAGCUCAAGUGGUUGCUAGUGGUGGAAAAUUGGGAAAAUGAGUAUUCGAAAUGGUUAAUUGCAAAAUUUGGGUUAAAGCCAAAUAUGGAUAUUAUGGUUUAUGAAAACCAUAUAGAGAGUGAUAAAGUCGAUUUGGACAUCACGAGUUUGCCCAGAAAAGAGUAUGUCACUAAGAACUUCCUUCGCGAUUGCAGUUUUCUUUUAUUUGAAUGUGGCUUAUGUAUAGACUCGGGUGAAAGAAUUAAGGAUAAGUUGACUAAAGACGCCAAGGUGUUGAAGAAGAUAAUUUCCAUGUGCGAGAGGUUCGCAAAUUAUAAACCCAGUGUUCUUGUUUUAUUCUGGGAUGCUACACAAUCAGGAAUAUCAAGCGAUGAAGCUGUGAAGUAUUUGGGUUUACAAGAUUAUGCCACUACAAAGAGUUUGAAGAACCUCAUUUUUUGUGACAUGGCCAAUGAACAUGACAGUAUUAGCCGUGUGCUCACCCUGUCUUUUAAUAAAAUUGGAAACGACUUCGACAGUGAGCUCAGUCCAAGAGGUGUGAAACAAGCGAUUAAAGCAAGAGAGAAGCAAAGAAUGAAACAAGAAGACGAACUUAUCAAGAAAGCGCAAGAGGACCUUGCAAGAAACAACGACAUCGUUGAAAAAGACAAUAGUUUGAUGGAAAAUGCCAGGAAGCUUAGAAAGUAUGACUACCUCAACCGCUCCAUAAACUUCCAUCACACUUCAAAAUAUGCAGAUAACCCAACAAACACUAAUGAUAUUGCCAACCGAUCGUUGGCACAGAUCAUUGCUCGGCGUGGAAGCAGGCAUAACUUGAGUCUGGUCAGUGGUAACUCAACAUUUUUGAAUACCUCGAUGAUGUCUAACAAUUCCAUACUAGGAGGGUUUGGCAGGGGUGUUGUUGAAGAAAGCACCCCAAAUACAUCUCCCAAGAGGAAACCAGCAAUAAUAGAUGAAACUGAACUUGCAGCAGGCUCUGAUGAAGAUGAUAAACUUCGCAAAUUGAGAAGAUUAACCGCGAGUGUUCGAAACAAGUACCACAAAACAGAAAAAGGGAAUGCAUAG